AAUAUCCCAAACAACUGCACCGACUCACCCUCCACUCUCUCGGGAGAAGAUGCUUCGUCAUUUUGUACCUAUAAAAUCCACUCUAUCCAAAAUGGAGCCCAAGGGCACUCUCAUCUUCUCCACCGUUGGCCGACCCCACUACGGCUUCGACCUAUUCUCCCUCCGCCUCAGCUCCUCCCAUCUCCCCCUCGAACACCGCCUCACCGACGGCAAAUCUAUCAACUUCAACGCCCAAUUCUCCCACGACCACCACCAAUCCAUCGUCUUCAUCUCCGAGCGAUCCGGGUCGCCCGCCAUUUACUUAACCCGACCCGGAAUCCCCGACCCCCAACUGCUGCAUUCCGUGCCCGGAAGCCUCUUCCACGACCGACCCAUCAUCAAGAACGGCAAGCUCUACUUCAUCUCAGCUCACGAACAGCCCGACCGGCUUUUCAAGAGCUGGUCUGCUCUCUACUCCACUCAGCUUGAUGGUGAGAACGAAAGGAAAACCACCCGAUUGACUCCGCCCGGGUCUGUCGAUUACAGUCCGGCCGUUUCUCUCUCCGGCGAGUUCGUCGCCGUCGCUUCCUACGGCUCUCGUCCCUGGGACGGCGAGUUUCACCAGCUCAAUACCGACAUCGUCGUCUUCCGAGCCUCACAGCCCGGAGAGCGUGUGGUGGUCUGUGAGCGCGGCGGGUGGCCCACUUGGUCCGGCGACUCCGUCAUCUACUUUCACCGCCAAGACGACGACGGGUGGUGGGCCAUUUUCCGAAUUGACUUCCCCCAGGAUUUCGAAUCCUCUGCAUACCCGUUGACACCCACUCGGGUCACUCCGUCGGGUCUCCACUGCUUCACUCCGGCCGCCAUGCACGACGGAAAACGAAUCGCCCUCGCCACUCGCCGCCGCGACACGAAGUUCCGACACGUGGAGGUCUUCGACGUCGACACGAAGAUGUUCCGUCCGGUCACCUCGACGCUGAACCCGGAUUUCCACCACUACAACCCAUUUGUUUCCCCGGACUCCGAGUUCCUCGGGUACCACCGAUUCCGCGGCGAGUCGACUCAGUGGGGCGGCGAGUCGAUCAUUCCUCACCUGGAGCCGGUAUUGUCUCCUGUCACACAUCUCCAAAUGCUGAGGCUUCACGGCUUCUUCCCGUCCUUCUCUCCCGACGCCGAUCUCGUCGCGUUUAAUCCCGAUUUCCAAGGAAACACCGGCGUCAAAAUCGUCAAGUCCGACGGGUCAAAGUGUUGGACUUUAAUCAAAGACCGCACGGCCUUCUACAACUGCUGGAGCCCCACAGAGAGACACGUCAUAUACACAUCCAUAGGCCCAAUCUUCCAGUCAGCAAAGUACACGGUCCAGAUCGCGCGAAUCGAGUUUGACCCGUCUGAUCUGAACGGUGAUAAGGAGGACGUCCCAUGCAACGUCAAGAUCCUCACUCGCGAAGACACAGGGAAUAACGCCUUCGCUUCCUGCUCCCCAGACGGCAAGUCGCUCGUGUUCCGAUCCGGUCGGACCGGCCACAAGAACCUCUACAUUGUCGACGCCGUUAACGGCGAGUUUAACGGCGGAAUCCGUCGGUUGACGGAGGGGCCGUGUAUUGAUACCAUGCCGAGCUGGUCGCCCAGAGGAGACCUCAUCGCCUUCUCUUCGAACCGGCACAAACCGAACGAUGAUGCUGUGUUCAGUAUUUACGUCAUCAACCCGGACGGCUCGGGGUUACGGAGGAUCCACGUGGCGGGAGAUGACGUGGACAGGGAGAGGAUCAACCACGUGUGCUUUAGUAGGGACGGGGAGUGGCUUCUGUUCACGGCUAACUUGGACGGCGUGACGGCUGAGCCGGUGUCGUUUCCGAACCAGUUUCAGCCGUACGGGGAUUUGUACGUGGUGAGACUGGACGGGAGUGGGCUGAGGAGGCUGACGUGGAAUGGGUACGAGAAUGGCACGCCGACGUGGCACACGGGUGAUGAGCUGGACCUGGGGCGGCUGCGUUUGGGUCCUUCCGAAGCUGGAGAUAAACUCAAGGGUCAAUUUGAAGAACCUCAUUGGAUUAUCUGAGAAGUUCUUCGUUUUUGGCAAUAAGGGGAUUUGGAUCUUAUCUAGAGAACAUAUAAAAAUAAAAUAAAAUUACAUUUCAGCUUACAUAGAUCGAGUCUGUUAUGUUAUAUGAUCAAUAUAAAUAACACGUAAAUUUUUUUUA